UGGGAGAAAUGUUGCGGGGCACUGCAGGAAGCCCAUGUUCGCGAUCCAACAUCAGCUUCGCAUGGUCUCGCUUACCCACGCCCUACAUACUAUAACAUUGCUUUCGCUCUGUCACCUCCCGGUCGACGUAGUAGUGCAUGAACGCGACUAUAGGUUGCACAUUUAGUGCCGUCAUACUCGCUCUCUCGUAUGUUCAAUUGACACAACGGUUGCCCACCAGUUGCCGCACGUCUUUGGAGGUUCCUUUCCGCACAUCACAUGGCUCACAUUCAGAAACACGGAUUGGCACAAUAAACAUUGGUACGGUACAAUUUGCAUUUGGUCCGAAUCCCGGUUGCUACCUUGUCAUCUCUUGGUGACCUCAGCUUGUUCGUUCAAGUAACACCUUUGCAAAC